AUGUCUCCGAACCGUGUUCCUCCGUGCAAGACGACAGUGGAGGUUAACGGGAAGCCGCUGGUGUUUGAAGUCGACACAGGGGCAAGUCUGACGAUCAUCAGCGAGGUCAUCUGGCGGACGGAGCUGGAGAGUGUUCCGCUGGAGUCGGGCCAGGGGUCACUGACCACAUACACGGGAGAUGCGGCGCUGGUGCGCGGCCGACUGACAGCGCGCGUGAAGUGUGGCGCGCAGCAGUCCACGCUGACCCUGCUCGUGGUCCACGGCGACGGGCCCCACUCCUCGGAGGACUCGGUCGCCGACCUGCUGGACGCCGAGCCCAGCGCCGACGCUCUCCACCGGCUGCUGGAGCGCACCCAGGGCCAGGGCCUCUCCUGCGGACCGUCGCAGAAUGGUCUGAGUGUGCAGCGUGGCCUGCAGGCAAUGUCGGCCGGUCAGCCUCUGGAGGCGCUCCACUGCCUGGCCGAGUGCCACUCCACCACGCUGCGCCACUACAUGAUCCUGAAGAGCUCCUGCCGACUGGCUCAAAUGGAGAUGAAGUCGGGCCGGCGGGUGGAGGACUGGCCGGCCGGCACGCAGGAGGCGCUGCUGGACGCGCGCCGCCGCCUGCUGCAGUACCGGCCGUCGCCGCGCCGCCGGGAGGAGAUGCUCGAGCUCAUCAGCCAGGUGCCGCCCGAUUGGACCGUGGUUCAGCUGACGGCGGUGCCGCGCGCGCGCACGCGGGUGGCGCGCCUGGAUACGCCCGAGCUGGUGGUGGCGCGCUUCGUCGGCGGCCGGCCCGACUCGCUGCUUCUGGCGCGUGUGCCGGCGCCGGCCGCCGACCACUGCAGCACGUUCCGCUCCGAGUUCGAGGCGAUUCUGGCCGACAACGCCUCCAUCCAGCGCAGCCUCUUCAACGAUCGCCAGAAGUACUGGACGCAGCGCGGCCUGCUCGACGACCGCAUGAAGGCGAUCGUGCGCAGCAUGGAGGUGGCCUGGUUGGGCCGCCAGGCGUACCUGGUGUCGGGCGAGCCCGUCUGCCCCCGACAGCGGGCGGCGCUGGAGGUGAUCCUGGUGCUGGACCGCGAGGUGCAGCGCUACCCGUGGGAGAUGGUGGGCCAGCUGGCCCGCGGGCCCGCCUGUCGGCUACCGUCACUGGCCAUCCUGGGCCUGUGCCUCGCCGGCCGGCGCGCCCAGCUGCCGCGGCCGCCCGGUGGCGCCACCUACAUUAUCAACCCGGCCGGCGACCUGGUCAACACGGAGCAGCGCAUGGGCCCGUUCCUGGCGGAGCGCGGCUGGAGCGGUAUCGUGGGCCGGCCGCCGACGCUUAAGGAGUUCGCCGCGGCACUGACCGACGGCCAGAUCUUAGCGUACUGCGGCCACGGCUGCGGCAGCCAGUACCUGCCGGCCGAGAAGCUGCGCUCGCUCACGUGCAACGCCGUGGCGCUGCUGUUCGGCUGUAGCAGCGGGCAGCUGGUGCAGCCCGGACCCACCGUCGACCCCUACGGCGCCGUCUACGCCUACCUCAUGGCCAAUUGCCCGGCGAUUCUAGGUAACCUGUGGUCUGUCACGGACAACAUGCUCGACACCUACUCCAAAGCAGUUAUCGACAAGUGGACAGGCGCCGGCCGACAACCCCGAGCCUUGCCCCGAGGCACGUGGUCCGCCGGCGCCGCGGCUACGGUCAGCUCCACCUUCAUGGCCGCCGCGCCCGUCGUCUACGGCCUGCCCGUCACGCCGGACGCCGCGCUGGACCGCACGGCUCGAGGCACCGACCACGGCUCGCGCCCAUCUCAAUUCACAGCGCACACUUAA